UGUAGAGCAGUAAACAAAAACAGAAUAAAAAAGUAACCUCAAGAAGGGUCUAAAGUCACGCGAUCUCGUCCCAGCACCGCCUUACACCGUCAGGUUAUCUUAUACUUUGUAGUUAUUACAAUUUCAUAACUACAAAUGUACUGUGAACGUUAUGUUCACUACAGACUCUAUUCUGAUAGUUUUCAUAGAAUUAAAAAAAUAGAAACAUAAAAACUUCCCUCCUAUAGACAAAGUCUAGUGCACCGGCAAGCGUAUGUUUUGUUUUAUUAACUUUUAGAACGAUACAUCUUUGACAAUUAUGCCACAAUAGUUAUACCAUAAUCGAUUUUUUCGUAGCCAACGUUUAGUUGUCGAGUAACUAGUGUGUGCAUCUCCAUAUAAACUCAUAGAAAUAGUUUAGUCAAAGAUGUGCGUCCUCUCUUUAUUUUCUAUGUGUUUUUUAAUAAUAGUUUAUUAUUAUUAUUAUUUAUUAUUUAAAUGAUGAUAUUGGUACUUCCAAAAAUGUUGCUCAAAUGUUAAAAUUGCCAUCAAAUAUAAUCAAAAGACAAAGAAUUGAAGAAUAAAAUCGAUGCAAUAAAGUCAGUAGCGAUGCUCAGUUUUCAAACGACAGGCUUUGCGUGAUCGGGAACGUAUUUUCCCUCCAAAAAGUACAGUAAUGGCCGUGAUUCUCACGCAAGACACUGCCUGUCUCUUAGUCUAAGAGCUAGUGUGACAAUUAAAUACGAAAAAAAUAUCCUUCUAAAUCCCAAGUAAAAGGUGUAACUAAUCUUUCUUCUAAUAAGAAAGACAAUUUUAUAAUUAUUAGCAGAAAAAUAGAAAUUAAGUAAAAUGUAAGUUUUUUGGUACAUGCAUUAAGACGCAAAAGUAUAAGUCCAAGAGCAAAAAAAUGUAGGUUCGAAAUUUAAAUUUAGUCUAGUCUAGUUCUCUAUUGCUAUUUACUUUCGGCUUUAAAAUAAAAAAAACACCCGCACAGUAAUUUGCGUUAGCUCCUAGACUAUAACAUCCCGAUGAAAACUUUUCUUUAGAGCGAAACCGAUAUAUCGAUUUCCCGCCCUUACACGAAAGGGACAAAAACAGGAAACUCCAAAAGUAACGAAUAAAACUUACUCCUUCUCAGACAUUGUCUGUUCAUUGUCGUGUGAGUACACUAGUACAAAUAAUUUUGAACUUCAAACAUAUAAAAGUGUUUAUAAAAAUAUAGAAAGCUUUGUUACCGGCUGUACGGAGUAUGGGUUCAACUAGUUACGUCAGUAAAUCAAAAGGGUAUAGAGGUAAAAGUGGCUCCAGUGUUGGCUCCGAUAAAGAGAUGAAUGGAAAACUGAAGCGAUCUAAAAUUAGACGCCCGAAGAUGGAGUACGGUUCCAAAAGGAUACCGGAUUACACGGAAAUGGCGUACAAAGAGGCAGUCUCGAAACUCAGAUAUUUUUUAUCUGGGAGUGCACCGAGCGUGCGUAGUUACGGUGGAUCAGCGUCUAUCAAGAACUUGGAGGAAUCUGACGGAGAUUUGGACAAGAAGUAUUCUGUGUACGGCGUGAACGACUACAAGCCACGACCUCGACUUACGGCUAAAUACACCACGUUGUACGCUGAUAGUUUGAAUAACUACAUUCCACCAAAAGUGACUAGCACUCCGCAACCAGCACCGCAAGCGCCCGCCGCCGAAGCAGCCGGCACCAACCCUGAUGUCGUCAACUUCAUACAGAAGCAAGAGGAGUACAUUGAACAACUGGAACGUGAGUCUCAGUACUGCAGGGAUGAACUUAACAACCUUUUAGGUAAGGUGAAGGAGGUGAUAUCAGAGAACGAGCACUUGCACGAGGCCCAGAAGAAUAAGAUCAUCUCGCGUAUGUUUCACUACGAUUCUGAGACGGACGAACUGGACGACGUCGGUGACAGUACUGGCCUGGACAGUGAUAAUAAGGCAUCUCCAUCCAAGUCCCGUCGUGCCAAGCCUCGCACCACGAAGUUGGAAGGACCGAACAUUGUGUUUGAGUCUCGUAUCGCCGAAUUAGAAGCCCAACUCACGCAAGCUAAGAUCGAUCUGAAAAAAGUUCAGGAUGAAAACAACGAGAACAAACGAAAGCUGGCCUCUGGUCUCGUCGAUUCUACCUGCCUCGACGGAUUCAAGAGGCAGAUUGAUAAUUUGCAAAGAGAUAAAUCAACUUUGGAGGGUCAGAUCUCGAAGUUAAAGACCAGCUUGGAUCAGAAAGACAGUGACGGUGAAGGUCGUUACAAGCGGUCUGACGUGGUGGAAAACCAGCUCAGGGAGGAGAGGAACAACUUGGAGGCUGAAGUGCGGCGGUUGAAGGAUGAUUUAGCUAAAGAGAGAAGCAAGAUACGGGAGCUGGCAGGCGAAGGAGCGAGAAGGGCGAUACAGGAGCGCAAUUCAGCGGAACAGCGCUACAAUGCGCACUUUGAUGAACUGCAGCACGACCUAGCAGCGCAGUAUGAUAAUGUCGCCAAGUUACAGCUGGAUUUGGAUCGUCAGCGUCGUGAGGAAAGUGAUCUAAAACGAGAGCUAUCAAUGAAGAACGCUAACAUAGAAGAACUCAAAAUGGAACUUAAGAACAAGACAGCAACACUUCAAGCAGAUUUAGCUCAGGCUAAUGCAGAGAAAGCAUCGCUGGAAGAAGAAUUAGCCAACGCCCGUCUGGCUAUAGAGCGUCAGCAGAGACAGGCGAAGCACGACACCAAUCGACUUAAUUCUGAGAUCCAGUCACUCCGCCAGCGUCUAGACCGGGCUGAUGCGGACCUCGUACACUCUCGCCGCGAGAACUUACGUCUUUCUGAACAGAUCUCUACACUGGAAAAGGAGUUAAAUAUGAAAAAUCUAACUCCGAUAUCUCCAGAGAAGAAUAAGAAAGAGAAGGAACUAUCUACAAUGCUGGAGUCCAUGGAAAAUAAGCAUGCUAAAACCGUGGCUGAGUUGGAGACCAUGAUACAAUCACAAAACAGUCUGAUGGAGAAACUCACCGGCGAAUGUCGUUUACUUACAGACAAGCUAGACGACGCAAAUCGUAGGCACAAAGGAGAGAAAACACAAUUGCUUUGCAGGAAUGCGGAACUUAUGAGAAAACUACGAAAUCUUUGGUCUUCUCAUAAGAAAUAUUGCACCACAUUGCCACCUUAUAGAAGUUAUACACCGCAAGAACUGGCAACUCUGCAGCGUCAAGUAGAGAUGCUCGGUCGCUCGCUGCGAACGGACGUCACGCAUGCACCUAGCAAUAACAAAGCACCUUCCCCGCACACUACCACAACCAACAGGCCUGCACCACAUCCCACAACCGAUACCCGACGAGACAAUACCGGAGAUGACUCCACCGGACACGCCGCGCUCAAACAUCAGCCGUCUCAGCAAUCGGACAGACUUGUCAGUGAUAACAACCAAACAACAAGAGUAAACGAAGACAGCAAUCAUAUUAACGACGAUGAACAAAACACACAACAAAACAUACAGGAAGAAAUUAACACUGAUCUACAAAUAAACCAAAAUAUCACACACACAACAAAAGAAGAAAUAGACAACACAAAUGUAAAUGAUCAACCUAUUGAACCUGAACAAUCGGAAAAUCAAAAUUACACAGAAGAAAAUUACGAGCAAUACGAUCAAAAUUAUGAACAAACCACAGAUAAUACGGAAUAUGAAGAUUAUCUACAAAAUCAAAACCAAGAACAGCAUUUAGAACAAACGUAUGUAGAACCUCAGUACGAAAAUUAUGAACAAUAUCCACAGCAAUACGAAACAAAUGAACAAUAUGAUAACCAGUAUGAAAAUUAUCCAGUCGAAAGUCAACAAGAACAUUAUGAAGAUCAACAAUUUGUUCAAGAAUAUACGACAGAAUAUGGGGAAGAUAAUCCUCAAGAAACAGUGGAUACAAAAACUGUAGAAGAUAUAACAGCAAAUGUUCCCCAACAACCAGAAAUUGUAUCACAAGUAAAAGAAGACAUUACUGAGAGUAAAAGUAGUCCAACUAGAAUUGAUGUUGAUAAAAGUUAGCAAUUGAUUUAGUUAAGUUAAUUUUAUUUGUGCAAUAUUCGUUAUUGGUUUUGUUUGCUUUUUUCAGUUUAUGAAAUUGUCACAAUAAUGUAAUGUGAU